CCAAGGUUAGACUUUUGAAGCGCUCUGCGUCAUCCGGCGCCACAUUUGCAGAACUGACUAACAGGUGACGACUUGAGAGCUCCCGCCACAAUUCGGAUCCCGCACCAACUCAACCUAUCGUCGCUGGAAGGUUCCGAGCUUCUCGAAGUCAUCUUUAUCUUCUACUUAAGCGCUGCCCGUCUACACAACGUACAGCGUGGCAAGCAACUUAUAGUCGAGUUACCUAUUACCUACUAGUAGUAUAUAAUCUGUUUACUCGACGCUUUUUCACCAAUAGCGAAUAGCACGAACCUAAGUCUGAGUAAUUUAAAAUCAGUCAAUAUUAACAAGAUGACGGCGCUACCUUAUGCCGUCGACGCGGAAACUUCGCUAAGAGAAGCGGAGUUGGAAACUUUGCGCACGCAAUAUGAAAAGGAGGGCGAGAUGGCCGGUAUCCAAACAAAAUUCAACUACGCAUGGGGCCUAAUCAAAUCCAACAAACGAAGCGACCAACAACUGGGGGUACGUCUACUUUCGGAAAUAUUUCGAGUGUCGCCCGACCGUCGCCGCGAAUGUCUCUAUUAUUUGGCAUUAGCCAACUACAAGCUCGGGAACUACGGAGAGGCGAGGCGCUACAAUGACUUGUUACUGGAUAAGGAACCAGCCAAUCACCAGGCAACGGACCUGCGCAGAUUGAUUGAUGACAAAGUAACGAAAGAGGGUCUGAUGGGCGUUGCAAUCAUAAGUGGUGUCGCCAUUGCCGCCGGUGUGGUUGGUGGGAUUCUGUUCCGAGGCAAGAGACGGUAGAAAGGAGAACGCGAGUUUUCGGAAAGAAAGCCCCGCGCUCGACAAGGACUGUAGGAGGUUUAUAACAACCUCAGGUCGAAUGCAAACGAUGGCCUUGCACCGGUUGACGUCGGAGGAACAUUUAUCAUUUGUCUAGGAGGUAGAUGAUGCGUUUUCGGACGGUUGACACAACGGAACGGUUCUACAGAAGCACGGGCUUAGGAUCAUGAGUGACAGCGUUAGGUCUCGGCACGAAUACCAUGUAAUCAUAGAAGCCACUCAGUUGUACGCCAGGUAGGAAUACAGAAUAUAUCAACUGAGGUAAGAGUGAUUUGGUGACUUAUAUCAUGAUAUUCGUAGUGGCACGGUCGUAUUCUAUAUGAUGGAACAUGCUGGAAUACGAAGUACAGCAUUCAUAAAUUGAAUGUGUAGAUAUCGAUACAGGUAGCGUUUCAACUCAAUAUAGUGGCUACCAGUAAAUCGAAAUCUAGAAACGCAAAACAUGGUGGCUGAUGUACUUUGUUAGAUG